AUGGUGUCUAACGAGAACGCGAACGGCGAUGCGCCGCCCAGGAAGGUGUUCUUCUUCGACAUAGACAACUGCCUCUACCCGAAGUCAUAUAAGAUUCACGACAUCAUGGGCGAGCUGAUCGAUAGAUACUUCCAGACGCAUCUGUCGCUGUCUCAAGAAGAUGCAUACGAGCUACAUCAACGAUACUACAAGGACUACGGACUGGCCAUCGAAGGACUUGUUCGUCACCACAAAGUUGACCCACUAGAGUACAAUGCAAAGGUCGAUGAUGCGCUCCCACUCGAGGGCAUAAUCAAGCCUAACCCGAAGCUUCGACGACUACUAGAAGACAUCGAUCGCACCAAGAUUAAGCCCUGGCUUUUCACCAACGCUUACAUCAACCAUGGUCGACGAGUGGUGAAGUUGCUCGAGGUAGAAGACAUGUUCGAGGGCAUAACUUACUGCGACUAUAGCGCUGAGAAGCUGCUAUGCAAGCCCGAUCCUGCCAUGUUUGCAAAAGCUAUGCGAGAGGCUGGAAUUACCGAUCCUUCUCAAUGCUACUUCGUGGAUGAUUCAGCGAUCAAUGCGACAGGGGCCAACGCAUACGGGUGGAAGACGGUUCAUCUGGUUGAGCCUGACGCGAGACCGCCACCGCAGCCUGCAUGUGAUUAUCAAAUUGAGGACCUGGAAGAGUUACGGAGCAUCUUUCCUGAGGUUUUCAAAGGUCCGUGA